AUGAAAAAAUAAUAUGGAAAUUCAUUUAUUUUAGAUACUUCAAUCGUAACUUAAAUUAAUUAUAAAAGGGCAUGAACAAUACAAUUUAUUUGAGUCCCAAUACAAAAAAACCUAUGACUAAUAGUUUUUCAAUUAAAACAGAUCUAUAUGAUCAAAAUUUGUAAUGUAAUUUAUUUCUAUUUCUGUCAAUUGUUCAUGGAAAUUAAUAACUAAACAAAUUAUUUAUUUCAAGAUGCGGAAACAAAGAUAAAUUUUUAUAAAUGUUUGAUACUUUGUAAUAUUCUACUUUGCUUACAAAAGUACUUCAAAUAGUUAAUUAAUAUUUUACAGAAACACAGACAUAAUGUUGUGAACACUAAUCUAGUAGCAAUAAUAAAUCAUGGUAUUCUACUGAAUCAAAAUACACAUCUAAAUAAGGAAGCAAUGAUAAAUUUUAAUCAAUGAUAAAGAAAAUUAUAACAACAGAUCUAGAUCCUUUAAAAUCCUUAAUCUAACGAGUCUAAGAGUAAAAUUAAACUUAGUAUCAAUCUUCAACUAAGUUUACUUCAACAUCUAAUGUUCCUAACAAACUAAGUGAGAAAUUAAUGAAAACUAAUAUAUUGAAAGAUCAAUUGAAAGAAAAGAUAACUAAAUUAGCUAUGUAGAAUAGUUACAACUAUUAGUAUAAAUUAAUUAAAACAGAAUCUGAUGCAACUUAAUCUCAUCCAACACUUGUAAAAGAUACUCAAAGUUAGACAAUCACAUAAUAAGAAUUAAUUUCACAUAAACCAAACAGAAUCUCUUUUGGAUAACAAUAAUUGUUCAAUAAUGUGUCAAAUGACGAUUAGAUUAUUGAAUAUUAAAAAAAUGGAAAAAAUUAAAAAACUUUAAUUGAAUCUUCCCCUACUUUUCUGCAUCCUUAAUUAAAUGAUAACGCUAUAUUAACAUCAGAAACUUAAAUUAAUUUAUAAAAUACUAAUAUUCAGAACCAAGAUUAAAGCAAUGAUCAUCAUUCUUUAGAUUUAGCACCUGAUAAAUCCAAAAGAUUUCAAGGAACGUUUAAUAAAGUUAAAAAUAGAUAAUUUAAAAAUAAAAAAAAAUCUAAUAGUGUUUCUGGCAAUGUAUCUCCAUAAAGAAGUGACAGAUCAAAUCAUGAAGUCAUUUCGAUCGAUUAAAUUUAGCAUAAAAGAAAAAUUAGUAUUAAUAGUGUAAAUAGAAGAUAUAAUAUAUUAACAAAUGAAUAGUUGGAAUGA